CUAAACACAGAUAGUGCUAUUUACAAGAAGUUCUCAUAUUCUUGUUUACAAAUUUCAAUUCUAUGGGCCGGGCAAAACAAAAAAAGCCCAAAUUGUCAUGUCUCCUCUCUGUUAAACCACUCUUAAACCUUUCUUCAAACCCUCUACACUCCACACAGCUUCUCUUCCUCUUCUUUCCUAAAUAAUCAGUGUAAUGGAUAUUGAAGCCAUCAAAUCCGACGUCGCAUCGUUUGCUUCUUCCAUCGGACUUGCUACCUCCGCCGCGCCUUCUUCCGGCUUCGACGACUCCGACUUCCGCAAAAAAGGCCGAAUCAAAUCUCACAAUAAACCACCUCAUGACACUAAUAAUAAUAACGAAAACAACAACAUCAAAAAGAGAACCAAAAACAACGACAAAUUUGGAAAAAAUCGGAAGCCGCAGCCGAAGCCGAAGGACGAAAGUGAAGUUGAUAAUAAUUUAUGGAAUACGACAACACAAGGGAAGUACAAGAGCAUGCCGAAGCUUCCGCUAGUGAAAGCAAGUGCAUUAGGGGUGUGGUACGUUGAUGCGGCGGAAUUGGAGGAGAAGGUUUUGGGGAGUGAGAAGAAGAAGAAAAUUCCGGAAUUUAAGAAUGUUGAUGAAUGGAAAAGCAAGGUGGAGAAGAAGAAGGAAUUGGGGGAGAGGUUGUUGAAUCAGUAUGCGCAGGACUAUGAGUCGUCUCGAGGACAAAGUGGUGAUAUAAAGAUGCUACUUACUACGUUAAGGUCAGGGACUGCUGCUGAUAAGAUAUCCGCUUUUUCUGUGAUGAUUGGAGAUAAUUCUAUUGCCAAUUUGAGAUCACUUGAUGCUCUUUUGGGGAUGGUGACAGCUAAAGUUGGAAAGCGCCAUGGUUUGGCCGGUUUGGAAGCAUUGAAAGAACUUUUUGUUUCUAGUUUGCUGCCUGAUCGCAAGCUGAAAACACUCUUUCAGCGGCCGAUAGAUCAUAUUCCGGAUACAAAAGAUGGUUACUCACUUCUACUCUUUUGGUAUUGGGAGGAAUGUUUGAAGCAAAGGUACGAGCGGUAUAUCAUUGCUCUUGAGGAAGCAUCCAGAGAUGUCUUAGAUAUACUCAAAGAUAAGGCAUUAAAGACAGUUUAUGUUUUGCUAAAGUGCAAACCAGAACAAGAGCGUCGGUUGCUUGGUGCCCUAGUAAACAAGCUAGGAGAUCCUAAAAAUAAGGUUGCAUCUAAUGCUGAUUAUCACCUAUCAAAACUUUUGGCUGACCAUCCAAAUAUGAAGGCUGUGGUGAUUGAUGAAGUAGAUAGUUUUCUUUUCCGGCCUCAUCUGGUAUUGCGAGCCAAGUAUCACGCUGUUAACUUUUUAAGCCAAAUUCGCUUAAGUCACAGGGGGGAUGGCCCAAAGGUGGCAAAGCGUUUGAUAGAUGUAUAUUUUGCUCUAUUUAAGGUAUUAAUAUCUGAAGCAGGGGAGGGACGGACGAUGAAUAAAAAGAGUAAGGGACAUAAAGAGGUUGCUGGCACUUUGAAAGAUAAGAAAGAAAAAGAUUCAUCAGAAUCUCAUGUUGAAAUGGAUUCACGGUUACUUUCAGCACUUCUUACGGGUGUGAAUAGAGCAUUCCCUUUCGUCUCAAGUGAUGAAGCUGAUGAUGUAAUUCAGGCCCAUACACCGGUAUUGUUUCAGCUGGUUCAUUCAAAUAACUUUAAUGUUGGAGUUCAAGCUCUCAUGCUCCUAGAUAAGAUCUCAGCCAAAAAUCACAUUGUUAGUGACCGGUUUUAUCGUGCCUUGUAUGCAAAGCUCCUGCUACCAGCUGCAAUGAAUUCUUCCAAAGAGGAACUGUUUAUUGGACUACUACUAAGGGCUAUGAAAAAUGAUGUCAAUGUGAAGAGAAUUGCUGCAUUCUCGAAGCGUUUGUUGCAGGUUGCAAUUCAGCAGCAGCCUCAAUACGCAUGUGGGUGUCUCUUUCUCCUAUCUGAGGUCCUUAAAUCAAAACCAACUCUCUGGAACAUGAUGCUCCAGAGUGAGAGUGCUGAUGAAGACCUUGAGCAUUUUGAAGAUAUUACAGAAGAUGAAAAUCGACCCAUUCCACCAAAUCGAACAGAUAAUGCAAGUGAAGUUGCUCAAGAAGCUAAUCACUUGGAAAAUGGCAAUCAUUCCCUGCAGGAAGAAGGUUGUUCUGCUUCUGAGCCUGAGGAUGAACCAAAGGAUUCUAGACUGAUGUCUGGAUUUAACAAACUUCUACCUGAAGGUUCAAAUGAAAAGCUCUUAUUGCCCGGAGGAUAUGAUACACGACACAGAGAACCCUCAUUCUGCAAUGCAGAUCGUGUAAGCUGGUGGGAGCUGAUGGUGCUGGCAUCGCAUGCACAUCCAUCAGUUGCAACCAUGGCUAGAACCCUACUUUCAGGAGCUAACAUUGUGUACAAUGGUAAUCCCCUAAAUGAUCUUUCGCUGACUGCCUUCCUCGACAAAUUUAUGGAAAAGAAGCCGAAACAAAGCACUUGGCACGGUGCCUCCCAGAUUGAACCAGCUAAGAAGCUUGACAUGCAAGGACAGCUGAUUGGGUCAGAAAUUCUCUCCUUAGCCGAAACAGAUGUACCUCCUGAGGAUCUUGUCUUCCACAAAUUCUACGUGAAUAAGAUGAAAUCCUCGAAGAAACCAAAGAAGAAAAAGAAGAAGACAUCAGAGGAUGAUGCUGCGGAGGAGUUUAUGGUUGAAGAUGGUAGCGAUGUUGAAGAUGAGAUUGAUGAAGAUGAUGAUGGUGAAAAUGAGGAAAUUGACAGCAUGUUAGAGUCCGGUGGGCUUCCCUCGGAGGAUAAUGGUGAAUACGAUUACAGUGAUUUGGACGAAGUUGCUAAUGGAGACGAUGAUGAAUUGAUUGGUGAUGUAAGCGAUGAGGAUAUGGACACCAUUUUGGCACAUGAUGAAUCUGACGUUAAUCUCGGCAGUGAUGAAGACUAUGAUGCAGAAAUGGCAAAUGAAGAAGAGGGUAACGUACAUCAAAGAAAAAAGAAGCAAAAGAAAGACAAGCGUGCUGCAGGGAAAUCCCCGUUUGCUAGCCUUGAAGAUUAUGAACAUUUGCUCAACGAGGAGAGCCCAAAAGAGAACCUAAAAAAGCCUGCUAAAUCAAGAAAGAAGCGAGAGAAUUCAAAUGAACAUUUGCUCAACGAGGAGAGCCCAAAAGAGCCUGCUAAAUCAAGAAAGAAGAGAGAGAAUUCAAAUGAACAUUUGCGCAAGCAGGAGAACCAAGAUAACAUGAAGGUGCCCGUUAAAUCAACAAAGAAGAGGAAGAGUUCGACUUCAGUUUGUUCCUUAAUUAGAUGAAAGGCAUGCCCUAUCCUGAAGAUUCUCCUGAGAUGGGUAAAGGAGCUGUUUCAAAAAUCUCAUAAUCGCCUUGUUUUGUCAGCUCUCUAGUGUAUGUGUUGUAAUUUUAGCUGAUUAACACAGCGCCAUUUUUACGUUUUUCUGCUCCGCAAUUGUAUUUACAUUGUGGCAAUUUUGUGUUGAUGAUAAUUUUGCAAAGCUCA